CCUGAAUGCAUUCUCUCUCAGACACAAGAAGCGAGAGUUCAGAUUUUAAGAACGACUGUGACAAUGGAAACACAAAGAAUCCUCGUGAGGAGUUUGACAAUUGUUGUUAUUGCAUCUGUUAUCUGGGGUGUAACAGAUGCCAUUGAAGAAAAGGGGACAAAUUGCUGUAAAUCAGUCUCCACAGUAGUGGUGACUGAUCCGAUCAUCGGUGUCAGGAUGCAAAAUCAAAGUCUUCCAUGUGUGAAGGCCAUCAUCUUUGAGACUGAUCGAGGGGAUUUCUGCUCUGACCCCAGACAGCCAUGGGUGCGGAGGAAAGUCAUGCAGUUUAUCAGAAAUUUCAAAACCAAUCAACAGACAUCCACGCAAACACUGACAUCUACACCAACACUGACAUCCACGCCACCACUGACAUCCACGCCACCGAUGACAUUCACGCCAGAACCAACGUCAUCCAUUAGUGAGCAAACUAAUGGGGAGGGAUCUGCUUAAGCUCCAGACAGAUUGUGAAUCAAGAAUAUCUAAGAGUAAACUCAUUAUGACAUAUCAUUAUAUUUCCAUGAAGUUAUUUUUAACCUUGUUAUAAAGUUUUGCUGUUGUAUUUUGAAAAUGUGACAUUUACUAAGUUAAGCCUAUUUAAAUUUAAUAUUUAAAUGUUAUGUUGUCAAAUAGAAGCAUAACUAUUAUGUAGAGAAACCUGAAUGAGACAGUUCUUAAUUUAUUAAAUUAUUUCAGAAAAUAAACUAUGUGAAACAUAUUGUUAGCUUGUAUUUUAUUUCACAUUGAAAUAUAAGUCACUCACUUUACUGAUAAUGGACUUAUGCCAUUAAAGUGUGACGCAAGUCUGAGUGAAUUGCAGAUUGAUUUGAAAGAGAACAAACCUGGAUUUUAUUAUGAGUGUAUGUUGCAAAUGCAAUAUGAAACUUCAAAUAAACUGUGAUCAGCAGCUACUGUUUGCUUGUGGUUGAUGUUUCUGAAUGUAUGAAGGAUGUUCUUCCUCUGGCAUGAAGACACUUUUUCUCUUUGUCAUAUUUUUCUUUGUAACUGAACUCUGGCUGUGUACUAUUUCUGUGCUGUGUGGGAUUUUGGUCCCUUUCCCCCUACAUUUAUGUUGUUAAUGGACAUUUCU